AUGGCCCUGGGACCUGCUGCACUCUUCAUCUUGACCUUGUGUAUAAAAGAGCUGAGCAUCCAUGCUGCUGACACCUGCCCAGAAGUGAAGGUCCUGGGUCUGGAAGGUUCCAACAAGCUCACCAUCCUUCAAGGCUGCCCUGGCUUGCCUGGAGCCCCAGGGCCCAAGGGAGAGGCAGGUGUCAAAGGAGAUAGAGCACACUUGUUCUCCCCAUACAAGCAGGGCUUCGGCAGUCAGCUGGGGGAGUUCUGGCUGGGGAAUGAUAACAUUCACACUUUAACCACUGAGGGAACCAGUGAGCUGAGGGUGGAUCUUGCAGACUUUGACGGCAAGCAUGUCUUUGCCAAGUACAGCUCCUUCCGGAUCCAGGGAGAGACAGAGAAAUACAAGCUCGUCCUGGGGAACUUUCUUGGCGGUGGUGCUGGUGACUCCCUGACUUUCCAAAACAACAGAUUCUUCUCCACCAAAGACCAAGACAACGACCUGAGUUCUUCCAGCUGUGCCAAGCAUUUUCACAGAGCCUGGUGGUAUGCUGACUGCCACACUUCCAACCGGAAUGGCCUUUACCUUAGGGGUCCCCAUAAGAUUGCAAAUGGUGUCAAUUGGAAUUCAUGGAGGGGUUACAACUACAGCUUCAAAGUUUCUGAGAUGAAGCUUGGCUUCUGGGCUCCAGCUGGCUCCACUCCACCGCUGUCCCUGGUGGUCAUCCCAUGGUACUGUAUCUCCAAAGCGCUGGGGAUUCUGGCUGCAGCUGGCUGCACUUUCACCAAUAGCGUCUCCAGGAACUGCAGCCCUGCUGCUAGUGCCUAA